AUGAACAGCUCGAGCUCCUCCAUCUCAGACAAUGAUGAUGCAUUGUUUAAUGAAAUGUCAACCAUAGGGCGAUCAGUAGUCUGUGUGAUCCUGGGCCUGUCGUUCCUGGUGGGGGUCCCGGGGAACCUGCUGGUGAUCUGGACCAUCCUGAGGCACGUCCAGCAGCGCUCCCACACCGUGGUGCUCAUCCUCAACCUGGCUGCUGCAGACCUGCUGGUGCUCAUCACCCUGCCGCUGUGGAUCUACUCCCUGGCCCGCUCCUGGGUGUUCGGGAAGGCCUCCUGUAAGGCCAUGGUGUACGUCAUCAACACCUGCAUGUACAGCAGCGUCUACCUCAUCACCCUCAUGAGCGUUGAGCGCUUCCUUGUCAUCCGGUACCCGUUCAAGAUGUUGCGCUGGAAGACCAAGGCCAUUAUGGACAAGGCUCUGGUGGCUAUCUGGGCUCUGGCUUUCCUUUUAGGGAUCCCAUCCAUUCUGACCCGCUCUAUCGAUGAGAUCGAUGGGACUGAGCAGUGUCUUUUCACGGAGUACAGCUCAGUGGCCCAAGAGGUGGUGUUCUUAUGCCUGGAGACCUUGGUGGGCUUUGUGGUCCCCUUCUCCACCCUGGCUGUCUGUUACUGUCUAGUAGCAACACACCUGAAGACAAUGCAUUUCGGCAGCAGCAAACAGAAGUCGACAGUUCUCAUCAGUAGUGUGGCGGUAGCCUUCAUUCUCUGCUGGCUUCCUCACCAUGUCCUCAACACUGUAAGCCUAGUCAGCAUUCUGACAGAGGAUCCAGAUGAUGCUGUGCCUGUUUCAGUGGUCCAGAGUGCAGUAGUGUUUAUCUCUGGAGCGCUGGCCUUCAUUAGUAGCUCUGUGAACCCUGUGUUCUAUACCUUCGCUGCGAGGAACUUCCAGGGCAGUCUCCAGGAGUCCCGCAUGGUCAGGCUGUUCCAGGAAGUCGCCUCACACACCUCCUCCAAGCUAAGGGGAUCUGGCAACACAAUAGGAUCGGACAACACAACAGGAUCGGACAACACAAUGCCCUCAGUAAUGCCAGACUGCAACAAUACCACAGAUAGAACUACUGUGUAG